CUGCUCUUCUUGGCUCGUGCUGCCUUUUAAAGCAAACCGACACAGCAUGUUAUUCCCCACUCGGCCAGAGGACGGGACACGGUGAGGAGCUGCUGUGUCGCUUAUUCUACCCCCCCUUCUCCUGUCGUCACCCCCCAUUGUCCUUGUUGCCUUUAGUUGCCUUUUUAUUAGUUCGUAUACACGAUUAGUUAGUGUCAGUCAUGUAUCGCUAUUUCGGGGAGCUGCUGAGCCGCUCUGCGGGUAGUGCUCUGGCCUCUGGGUGCGUGGACUCCGCUCUCCCGGUGUCCUCGUCCCUGAUGCGGGUCCGUCACUAUGCCGAUGCAGCGGACAAGCCUGACGAUCCCAACUUCUUCAAGAUGGUCGAAGGCUUCUUCGACCGCGGAGCCGCCAUCGUGGAGGACAAGCUGGUGGAAGAUCUGAGGACCAGGGAGAGCCCCGAGCAGAAGAGGAACCGUGUGCGGGGCAUCCUGCGCAUCAUUAAGCCCUGUAACCACGUCCUCAGCGUGUCUUUCCCCAUCAAGAGGGAUAACGGAGAGUGGGAAGUGGUGGAGGGCUACCGCGCCCAGCACAGCCAGCACAGAACACCAUGCAAAGGGGGUAUCCGUUACAGUACAGACGUGUCUGUGGAUGAGGUCAAAGCCCUGGCCUCUCUGAUGACCUACAAAUGUGCCGUUGUUGAUGUGCCAUUUGGGGGAGCCAAAGCUGGGGUCAAGAUCAACACCAAGAAUUAUUCUGAUAAUGAGCUGGAGAAGAUUACCAGGAGAUUCACCAUCGAGCUGGCCAAGAAGGGUUUCAUCGGACCUGGCAUUGAUGUCCCCGCCCCAGACAUGAGCACAGGAGAGAGGGAAAUGUCCUGGAUCGCCGACACAUAUGCCAACACCAUCGCACACACUGACAUCAACGCCCAUGCGUGUGUGACAGGAAAGCCCAUCAGCCAGGGAGGAAUCCACGGACGCAUCUCAGCCACAGGUCGUGGAGUUUUUCACGGCAUCGAGAACUUCAUUAACGAGGCGUCCUAUAUGAGCAUGCUGGGCCUGACACCAGGCUUCCAGGACAAGACCUUCAUCGUCCAGGGCUUUGGUAAUGUGGGUCUGCACUCCAUGAGGUACCUGCACAGGUUCGGGGCCAAGUGUGUGGGUGUCGGUGAGAUUGAUGGGGCCAUCUACAACCCAGAGGGCAUCGACCCCAAACAGCUGGAGGACUACAAACUGAACAACGGCACCAUUGUGGGCUUCCCAGGAGCUAAACCCUAUGAAGGGAACAUUUUGGAAGCCGACUGCCACAUCCUGAUCCCUGCUGCCGGAGAAAAGCAGCUCACACGUCACAACGCCCCCAGGAUCAAGGCCAAGAUCAUUGCUGAGGGUGCCAAUGGUCCCACCACCCCAGACGCUGACAAGAUCUUCCUGGAGAACAACGUCAUGGUUAUUCCUGACAUGUACCUGAACGCCGGCGGUGUUACGGUGUCUUAUUUCGAGUGGCUGAAGAAUCUGAAUCAUGUCAGCUAUGGAAGACUGACCUUCAAAUAUGAGAGAGACUCAAACUACCACCUGCUCAUGUCUGUGCAGGAAAGUUUAGAGAGGAAGUUUGGCAAGCAGGGAGGACCCAUCCCCAUCGUACCCACCGCUGACUUCCAGGCCAGAGUCGCUGGUGCCUCUGAGAAGGAUAUUGUCCACUCUGGGCUGGCUUACACCAUGGAGAGAUCUGCCCGGCAAAUCAUGCGCACGGCCAGCAAGUACAACUUGGGUCUGGACCUUCGGACGGCCGCCUACGUCAACGCCAUCGAGAAGGUCUUCAAAGUCUACAACGAGGCUGGGCUCACCUUCACAUAAAUGGAGAAUCACAAGCCACACGUCCUCUGCCUCCCCUCGCCUUCCUGUGAUUGAUCUCCCUCUCCCCCCUUCAGAACAUAUCACUGUUUACCGCUGCUCUUUGCCUCUAUUACUCACACACACUCACACAUACAGUGAGACAUUAGCUGGUCUGGUAUGUAUCCAGUGAGCUUUGUGCUGCCAUUAUGCUGUAUCUGCACCUCUGUUUAAAUGUUGCCUUCUUCUUGUUUUCACCCUGAGUUUAUAUUGAGAAAAAGCAGAUGGAGAGUUAUGUCCUAUCAGAAUUAAAGGCUCCUGUCCCUGCCGCAGCUCUCAUUUAAACGUUCAUGUUAAUGUUGAACGGCAGCCAUGUUGAAAUGCCCUUUUUGCGUUAGCCGAUUGCACGUGUGACUUUCCUGUUGCGAUUAUUUCACUUUACAGCACUACAGAUGCCUUAUUUCAGAAAGAGGUCCUCUCUGAAAGUGGGAUGACUGCUUCAGUUUAACUUUAAUUAAAAGGGAUUUAGAUUUAAUUUCAUGUGGAUAAAAGAGAAUAGUAAUUUUAAAUGCUCUAAACUUGUAAAGGUUAGUGGUGAAGUUGGCAAGAUUUAGAAUUCCCAGUUUUUCAUAGUUUGUGUUUUUACUGUUCGAGGUUUGAUAGAUGCUGUCCCACUCCUCGUUCGCUGUCCCCCCCCCCCGGUCGCUUUGUCUUGUUUAUUAAACGCAGCUUCUCCCCCGACUCCUCCGCUGGCCAAGAGAGGGGAGCAGGGAGGGGGUUAGGUGUCCCUGUGACCGCCCGUACCCCUGGUUGAAUUUUUCUCAGUUUUAAUCGUCCAGUUCCUCAACAUCAAAAGUGUUAUGGAGGAAAAUUACUUUUUAUUUUUAUUUUAUCCAUUUUUUUGGAAACCAAUAAAAUGUUCAAUAAAAGGUA